AUGGCUGUGGAACCUAUUUCGAAUGAUUUGCACGUUACUGAACUAUUAAAACGUAUUGGUAAAGAAAAAAACUGGUCAGACAAAGAUGUCGAAAAUGAUCUUUCGAUUCUUGAAAAGAACCGCAUCGUGACCGUGAAUGAUUUGAGAUCUUUAUCACGAGAAAGUUGGUCCCAAAUCGAACUUCUUCCACUUGUUAAGGAUUUACUAAGAUCGGCUAUUGACCCCAACUGGUUGACAAGUGAUCAAUAUCAAGCCAAGUCUACUGUAACUAACAUGGAUAGUAACCAUGAAGAACAGGAAGAAGAGAAAAAGGAUAAAAAGAAAGAAAAGAAGAAGGAUAAAAAGAAGAAUAAAGACAAGAAGAAACACAUUCUUAACCUGGGUGAGCCUGUUGUACCUACUGUAUUGAAUGAAAGAAAGCCUGUGCUAGAAGAUAUGGUUCUGUCAGAGGAUCCAUUAACGAUUGAGAAUACCAUUCGAAAUGGUACAACUGCUGAACUUUCGGCAAUGCAUAUUACGGAUGAUCAUAGUAGUGAGAGUGAAGAUGAGCCAGCGUCUCCUUCAGAGACCGAUGUACCCACGCGUAGAAAGAGUGUUACAUUUUCAGAUGAACAGCCCGCAGUUGGUGUUGCAGCUAGUGAAGGAGCCGAAAAGAAGAAGGAAAAGAAGGAUAAAAAGAAGAAAGAUAAAAAGAAAAAGUCUGCUAUGGCAAGUACAAAUAUUACGAGUGGUUACAGCAGUUUUAAAAGUCAUCCUUACACCAAUCAUCCUAUAGUGAAAUUCAAGAAAAUGAAAUUAAAGCAUACUAAAAGACUUCCUCCUGCUCCUGCCAAUGACAAUUUUUUACAAGGCUUACACGAUAAACUAAUGGCAAACCGCAUCGAACAAAGUUAA